AAUUUCCCGAAAUUUUUGAAAAAGUUUCAGUUAUAAAUAAAUUAUUUUCAAUAAAAACAAUAUUUUUUCACGCGAUUUUUUUCAAAGAAAAUAAAAUUUCUAUCAAAAAUUUGAUAAAGUCAUCCCCACAUUUAAAUCCAUCAAAAUAAGAUCUCGUUCAUCAAAAUCAGACAAGAAUUAUAUCUGGACUUUUUGUUGGCGUAAACCAUUAUAAAAUUAGGGGUGAUGAACAGCCUUAUACGAACUCUGUUAUAGAACGCCCCCAUCGAAUAUUUUCCAUAUCUGGACGUAACCAAACUAAUGCAUUACUCCAUGCAUAACGCGAUAAAAGAUCAGCUGAUAUAGACAUUAUUCGUAGUAACAGUAAAGAGGGAAUAACGGCUUAUUGAAUUACAUCAAAAUGAAUAUUCUUUUAAAUAAAUUUAUAGCAAAUUUAACAGAGGUGUUGAUAUCUCAAAUAACAUGACAACAAACGUAUUACUAUAUCGUACAAACGUUUAUAGAAUAUAGGUUAUAAAAAUAAACAAUAUCAUUUAAACAAUGGAAGAAUACAUGCAUUUGUGGAGAGGUGUUGAUAAAUUGUCAUUCACAUUUAGUGAAAAACCAAAUGGAAUAAUUAGCAAAUUAAUUGCCAUUAAGGAUUACAUUUUCGUAGCAACCAAUACUAAUUACUUAUAUUAUGGAGAAGUAUUAUUGGAAAAUGAUAUAUCUCCAACACUCAACCUUAAAAGAGCUCAGUUUGAUGCUGUUGAUAUAGCAUCUAAUACAAAUUAUUUAUUCAUUGUAAAUUCUAAAGGUCAUGUAUUAAAAGUAAAUCCUCAUGAUAUGAACAUUGUUGAAACAAUAAUACUUAAAGAGGAACCAAAAUGUUGUAGUCAUGGGUGCAGACAAGAAAAUGAAAUAAUUAAAGUAAAAUCUGUAGCAGUUAAUGAUUUUUCAGCAUUAUUUGUUACCGAAAAUGGACAACUUUGGGCGAGUGGAAAUCAACCAGAGAUAGAUAUCAAUAGUGCAGAACCUAAAAAAGUAAAAUUUUUUGAAGGAAGGACCAUAUCUCAGGUUACAUGUGGCUCUAAUUUUAAUGUUGCUACUCUAAGAAAACCAGCAAAGACUAUGAGAGAUGAUACGGAUAGUGAAAAUGAAUUAGAAGAAGAAGUUUUUGUAAAUUCAUGUCCUCAAUGUCUUAACAAUAUUAUGUUAAGUCCUGCAAGUAUAACAUCAUCAGAUACUUGCCCAAUGGGACUCCAUGUUCAACAGUUCAGUGAAGAUCGUUCUACUAAUUCUAUUAGCGCUUUAUCUACUGCCAGUAAAGAACAUGAUAUGCCUCUUGUUGAAGAAUGUGAUAGAAAAAAUCAUGAUAUUGUUACUGAAGAAGAUAAGGAAACAGAUUUGAAUAAUAUUUCUGAAUUAGAUAAAGAAGAAAAAAAGAAUGUAAUUUUUAUAAAUACAGAAGCAGCACGGCAGUUUUUAACAAGACAAUUAUCAUGGGUUUCAUCUUAUGGAAGUGUAAAAGAAGAAUCUAUUGAAAAUACAGAUAAUCCAACCAAAUUAAUCAAGCAAAAUGUUUCUAAUAUGGCUAAUUUUGUAUACGAAGGUGUCAAAAAUGUUAGUGAUAAAGUUGUUACACUCUCAAGACACAUGAGUGGAAGUUCAGACAUUAAUGAACUUAAAGAUGAGAACAAUGAGCAAUUAGAAGAACAAGCGGCAGAAUUGUCAAAACCUGGUACAAAUAAUUUAGCACUUAGUUUACGCUGUGAAGAAUUUCCCUGGUCAUCAAGUACUGGGUCAUUGGAACAUGAAUUAUCACAACAGGGAUUAAAUGAAAGAAUUAAUGUUCUAUCUCGUACAGGUAGUAACAUAUUGUCAACUGAACUUUGGACAUGGGGUGAUGUGCAAUAUGGACAAUUAGGGACAGGAGAUAAUAUUAAACGAAUAAGGCCAAUAUUGGUGGCAAAACUCAAUAAUACAGGACUUAGAAAAAUUGCUUGUGGUGCAUUCCAUGUAAUUGCAUUAACUUUAGAUGGUAGAGUAUUUGUAUGGGGAAGAAAUAAUUUUAAACAAGUUACAUUAAAUUCAAUAGCAGAUCAAAGUGCACCUCAGUUGUUUAGUACAAAAUUAUGUUCUAAUGAAAGAGCAAAAGAUAUAGCAGCUGGUACUGCUCAUAGCUUGAUAAUGAUGCAUCAUGGUUUAUAUUUCAUAGGGCAAUCAAGUAAAGCAGCAGAAAUGUUUCAAUUGGAUAUAGAAUCCACUGAGCAAUCUAGCACAAAACAAAUUUUUAGUUCUGGACAAUAUAGUUGUUGUUCCUUUAUAAAUGAACCUACAAUAAAUGUAAAUGAAGAUUUAGUGAAUAAUCAAAUAUUUUUAGAGCAGAUGAUAACAGUAUAUCAGAAUUUAAUUAAACCAUUCCAAAAAAAAGUGGGUGCAACUCAAGAAUCAAAUGUAUAUGAAACUAUGUGCCGUUGUUAUACAGAACUAUUGAAUUUCAGUGUACUAAAUGUUGUUAGUCUAUGGGAUUAUUUCAAACAUAUUGGAGAAGCAUAUGAAGUUGUAAUAAUUGCUAAUAUAGAAGAAUAUUCCACAGUUUAUAAAUAUUAUUUAAAUGUAAUUUGUGAUAUUAUUUCUUUUGGUGGCUUUAUAUACAUUGCAAAAAUAAUUGAAGUACCCCAGAUAGUAUCAAAUUUAUUUAUAGAUAAAAUGAAAGGAAAUGGAACGAAAAAAGUUAACAAUGAAAUCGCGAUAACCAUGGCACUACAGCAUCCACUGAAGAAUCUAGAUAAGUACAAGAAUAUGAUUCAAAGUUUAAUGAAAAGUAAUGGACAACGAAUGGGUAUUGAGCGACUGCAUGAUGCACUUAUGAAAUGGGAACAAUUAUGUGAUGAACAAGAGAAGCGACAAAAAGAGGCUGAAAUUACGAGAUCUUUUUGGGAAAAUUCAGGAAAAGUAGGGGAAUUAUUAAGAUCACCUGAGAGAAGACUUAUUAGAGAAUCACGAUCUCAUCCUAUAGCUUUAUUAAAUUCUGGAAGAUUUUCAACACAUUGGUUUAUUUUGUUAACUGAUAUAUUUAUCCAUGUAAGUGGAACAUACCAUACAGUGCAUCCACUUAAAACUCUGUGGGUUGAACCAUUAUCAGAUUCUGAAUCUUUACAGAAUGCUAUAUCAAUUGUAACACCAGAAGAUAGUUUUGUACUAUACACUCCAACACCCUCUGAGCGUAAUGAAUGGCUGCAUGCUUUACAAAACGCAAUAAAAUGCAGUGUACAAAGAGCAAUUGGAAUUGCUCUCCCAAUAGUACGUUCAACCUCAUUCUCUUUCACAAAGCACAGUGUUUUCAAGGAUGCGAAAUAUACUGGUCGUUGGUUAAAUGGUAAACCACAUGGAUCUGGAAAAUUAGAAUGGUCUGAUGGUCGAAUAUAUACUGGUCAGUUCCAUAAAGGUAUUAUUUAUGGUACUGGUAAAAUGGAAAUUCCAACACAAGGUAUAUAUGAAGGACAAUGGAAAGAUAAUCAACAAAAUGGUUUUGGAACUAUGAAGUAUGUAAACGGAGAUAUUUAUGAAGGCUAUUUUAAAGAUGGAUUACCACAUGGACAUGGUGUUAAAAAAGAAGGUCACUUUAUGGCUUCUGUAGCAUCUGUUUAUAUAGGAGAAUGGGCUGCAGGUGUUAAACAGGGAUAUGGAAUUAUGGAUGAUAUUAUGACUGGAGAAAAAUAUUUAGGAUCAUGGAACAAUGAUAUGAAACAUGGUUGUGGUUUGAUAGUUACACUUGAUGGUAUUUAUUAUGAAGGUGCCUUUAGUCAAGAUGUUCUAACGGGCUAUGGAGUUAUGGUGUUUGAAGAUGGUACUCAUUAUGAAGGAGAAUUUAAAUCUGCAGGAAUAUUUUGUGGAAGAGGUGUUCUAACAUUUCGUACUGGUGACAGAUUAGAAGGUAACAUAAAUGGUGCUUGGAAUGAAGGUGUGAAAGUUGUAGCUACAUUACACAUGAAUAAAGCUAGUGGAAAUGUCUCAGCUAACUCUAAACCAACAUCUUUUGGUAAAUUAUGUGUAGCACCAGAUCAGAAAUGGAAAGCUAUAUUUAGACAAUGCUAUCAACAGCUUGGUGUACCUGAAUCAACUGCUAAGGCCAGCUUCAAUGAAAAGUUUGCAGAGACACAGAAAGCUUGGCAAAAUGUAGCAGCUAUAAUUACAAAAUCUCAUCAGAAAACAUUACAACGAAAAAAGAUAUCUGGGAAUGCAUCAACAAAUAAAGAAAAAAAUAAUGAAAGUAUUGAUCAGUUGGAUAAAAUACCUUGUUUUGGUAAAGAUAAACUUACCAUCCAAAGUUAUAAAGAAGUACAUAAAUAUUUAAUACAAGCUUUUGAAAGUCCACAUCAUCCACUGGGUGCUUUAUUGACAGAAAUUGCAACAGUAUAUACAGCAACAUAUGGUGGUGUAAGAGUACAUCCCCUUUUAUUAAGCCAUGCUGUCUCUGAACUUCACAGUAUUACAUCAAGAAUAUAUGACAUAGUAACAUUAUUAUUUCCUGCAUUAUUAAGAGGUGGUAAGGAAUAUGUUUUAGGAUCCGAGGAUGAUGAUAAAAACGAGGGGCAAGUAAUAAGUGCAGCUGCAAUAUUACAUCCAAUAUUACUACCACGUGUGCAUUCAGCUCUUUUUGUGUUGUAUGCAUUACAUAAUAAGAAAGAAGAUGAUGCCUAUUGGGAAAGAUUAAUGAAAUGGAACAAACAACCAGAUAUAACUUUAAUGACCUUUUUAGAUGUUAAUCAAAAAUUUUGGAAGGAAGUAGCCACUAGUAAUUUUGGGGAAAAUUCAUAUCAAAAAGAAUCACAUUUCUGUGAAGCUAUAGAAGCUUUACAGCAACUAAAAACAACAUUCUCUCCUUUAGAAAAAUUGCUUGUUGUUAAAAAUACCUUUGAACAAAUGACACAAGCAGUUCAGAAACAUUUAGGUUCUACAUAUUUAUGGACAAUGGACGAAUUAUUCCCAGUAUUUAGUUUUGUUGUAGUACGUGCUAGUGUAUUACAAUUAGGUAGUGAAAUACAUUUUAUAGAGGAUUUUAUGGAACCGCGGUUACAAAAUGGAGAACUUGGAAUUAUGUUUACUACAUUAAAAGCAUGUUAUUAUCAAAUACUGCAGGAAAAAACAAAUGCCGUUGAUUAAAAUAUUUUUGAUGGUAAUAAUAGCCAUAAUGAACAUAAGUGCAUGAUAUAGGAUUAGUAAUUUUAAAUGAACAAAUUUUAUGUUACUUAAUAUAUA